AUAAACAAAUUUGUUAAUUUCGCUGAAUUUGAAACCGCUGCUUGUUAUUUCCGACGCGAAAAAGUGAAACACGUUUAAGUUUCCUGGUUUUGGCACGCGCACUAAAUAACCGUGUAUUAUUAAAAGAACCUUUUUUUUUGCCUGGUUUGCCUUUGUUGGUUCCAGUGGUGUUCCACCAGUGUUUGGUUUAAUUGUUGUUGGGAUUUUGCCCUUUUGUUUUGCCGCGUAACAUAGGUCCUUCGAGCCGGAUACGUUGGAAUACGAGGAUCACUUUUAAUCUCUCCCACAGAUUUUGGCCAAAUCAGAAUCAUGGUUAAAGCAAAAAAAUACAAUGUCGACAAUCGGGCCGGCAAAAAACGCAUAGUUUGCCGUGUUUGCCUUAAGGACCACCCUCUGCGAUUCUGUCGUAAGUUUUUGGAUAUGGAUUAUGCGGAACGAAUGAAAAUUAUUUCGAUAUAUCAGCAUUGCGCUGGAUGCCUAGCACAUGAUCAUACAUGGCGCACAUGUGAAAGUACUGGCAAGUGUCGCAAAUGUGGCGAUAUGCAUCACACGCUUCUACACAAACCUGGACCUCGUUCGUCCACUGUGAUGGCGUAUCAUGAUGGUGCUAGGCAAGGACCACAACCUUCGUCCAAGACCCCGUCGAAGAAGGGACCUCGUCCGUCCCAAUCUUCACAUCAGCAUGAUGGACCUAGUUCGUCCAGACGUGCAACCAAUAGGGGACCUAGUUCGUCCCGCGGUAAUCGGCACAAGAGACCUAGUUCGUCUCAACAUGCCCCCAAGGACAAACCUUCGAAGGAGGUAGUACCUUUCGAUGAACGGAGGCGUAAGCCGUACAAAGGUAAAAAUGAGAUGUCAACAGAGGUAAUUCCGGCAUACUGCCUACGAGAGACCAUACUGCUGAAAGCGACCGCUGUAAUAAAGAUAGUUUGUGGGGAUCGCUACAUACAUGAACGGGCCGUAAUUGACCCAAGCAUUGAGAGUUCUAUUGUAGCUGAGUCUUUGGUAAGUCGAAUGGGUCAAAGGGUGGUCCGAGUCGGAAACAAGACAAGAUGUCUUCUUCAAAUUCGAGGCAAUCACGGGAUGUCGGCAACAGUCGAAACAUAUGCUGAAGUGCGUCGUAAUCACACAGUUGUGACUCCAAAGAAGUCCAUUGAUGUACGAAUUGUUGAUGAGUUUCCUGGUUUGCAAUUGGCAGACGAGCAUUUUUAUACCUCAGCACCUGUGAGUAUCACGUUGGGAGGAGAUUUGUACCCAAAAAUAAUGCGGAAUGGGGUCUUUGGUGGUGCACUGGGAAAACCUCUGGCACAAUUCACAAUUUUUGGAUAUGUGAUAUCAGGUUCUUACACUCCCUAGUUUCCUGUAAGACAUCAUGUAUAUGCUUUAACCAUGGUACGAUAUAAUACAAUAUUUUAAACCAUUGCAGCCUACUUCAAUUGGAUUUUUUUCUCACUUCGGAACUUGGUGAUUUGUUGGAUUUUGAAUUUUGAUUUUUUUUUUCACAUGAAUGAAUUUUGAAAAUGCUGUUUUUUGUGUAAUAUAGUUGAAUUGCCUCAUGAAUUAAAUAUGAAAUCAAUGUGCUUUUUCUAGUUGGCACUGAUGUGAACAACGCA